UGAUGCUCAUUAAAUGGAGUAAAUUUCAUGCAUCUUGGAAACUAUUACCACCUGGCUAGAGCUAGAGUACUAAUUUAAGGCAGAAAAUGGUGGAAUGGGAUUGUGGAUUCACGAGCAGCUCACCAGAGUACCAGCAAAUGGUUCUUAAUGAGGACUUUGAGCAGUUUCGCUCUGAGAAGAUCCUCAAGAAUGAUAAGUCUCCAGAGGAAAUUCAGAAGCUUUCAGUGGAUGAAGGUCUCUCAGUUAUGGAUAGAGCAGCUCUGUUGAUCUCCACCGGUCAGGAUGUGCAAAGGCUGUGUGUGUUGGACCAGCUUCCGGCACUACUCAAAACCGAUCAGAUGGACACGCUAUGUAGAGUGAUCCCUAAAGUUUGUACUGUAUUACCAGGCGCUAAUCAUGAGUUCCAGAAGCUAGCAAGCAAAGUGUUUGCUGUCAUUGUCCAACAGGAACUCGUCUCAGUACACAUCUACGUCACUUCCUGUUUACCCUCUGUGCUCCAACAACUGGAGAGCAGGGACACAACUACUAGUAAUCUCUGGCUGGAAACAGUGCUGCUGAUCAUACCACUCCUUCCCAAAGAGGUCGUCAAAAGACAGAUACUCAGGAUUGCUGAAGCCAAUGGCCAACUCUCAAUGUCUGUUGGGUCCAGACAAGGCACCUGCAAACUACUGGGAGCCAUGGCUAGCAAGUUUGACUCUUACUGGGUGAAGAAAGAGCUAUGUCCACUGGCCAAGUCCCUGUGUCUAGACGUGGACUCUGGAGUAAGAGCUAUCAUGUGUCAGCAACUCAACCAGCUAAUACGAGCUCUGGGACUGGACAUAGCCAAGAGUACCCUGUUCCCCCACCUGAUAGAACUGACAAACGAUGAGGAGCCCUGUGUGCGAUCUGUGGCCAUUGAAGCUCUCGUCAACCUUGUAGCUUUCCUGGACAAAACAACGCUGACCAGUGAGGUAGUGCCCAUGCUAAAGAAGUACUGUGAGUGGGCUCUGGGCUCUGGCGAGCAAGACACUGUACUCUCUCUCGCUAAGAUGCUCGGAAGAAUAUGUCAUGAGCUAAAAGACUAUCUGGGCUCAGAUCAGCGACUAUGGUUUCUUGAUCUUUAUCGGAAGCUCACCAACUACACAUGUCCUGAGAAGAAGCUCACCUCUGCUGCCCAUACACACACACCCUCGACAUUCACACUCACACUCACUGACACUGAUGAAGAGGUGGAGUCAGAGUGUCGGAGGUGGUGCGCCUACAACCUGCCUGCAAUGGUGUUGUUCUGUGGGAAGAGCUCAUUUGACAAAGAACUGCUUUGUCCUCUCAAGCGUCUGGCAGAGAGCCCUUAUGCCACUGUACGGAGAUCACUGGCCUGUGGACUGCAUGAGGUUGUGAAGAUGGUGAGUAAAUGUGACCGAUUAAAGUUGGCACCAAUCUAUCAGAAUCUUCUAAAGGAUGCAUCCGGAGAGGUAUUGCAUGCUUUGGUCAGUCAUCUUCAAGAUUCAUUGGAUGCCUUUGCAGCAGCUUCAACUCUAUCACCUGAUACACGGCAACCCGGUCUCUUAGAUUUCAUCUCUCCUCUCCAAAGUUGUGAGCAGGUCGCUUCCACCCAUCGCCAGUGGCGUCUUCACCAGAAACUUAUUCUCUCCAUGGAGUGUCUGGUUGCCUGCAUGACUUCAGAUCAACUCUACAAUAAGUUUGUGCCAAUUCUUUUCAAGUACAUCACCGGUCUGUGUGUCCUCCCAGUGAAGCUAGCUGCCUGUAAUACCCUGUGUAUAUUUAUCAGGCAUAUCAGAAAGCAAGAGCUUCGACAUGAGCUUUGUAUACGUCUGUGUGAAGAAUGUGUUCAGAACCCUAGUUGCAAACAAAGAUUACUCUACAUUGAAGUUUGCGGGUUCAUACUGGACAUAUUCUCACGAGGAUUUUUUAAAGAAUACUUUUUUCAACCGUUACUGGAACUUGCCAAUGACCCGAUAGUGAACGUUCGUCUCCACUUAUGCCGUCUUCUACCCUCCCUCAAGUCCGUCCUGAAGCUCCCUGGAGACAGAGUACUCUUACAGAAGCUCGAGCAGACUGUGAGAAAGCUUAUCUCUCAAGAAAGAGACCCAGACGCAUCUCAAGCAAUCAGAGAUGCUGUCACUGAAAUGGACAGGAUCGAAGUAGCAAUGGAAACUUUGACUCGACGUACGUUUUUUGAGGCUGACCUGACUGACCAGCGGCGUGAGGAGGAGGAAAGAGCCCUGUUGCUGUGGGAGAACAAGGAAUAUGAGAGACAGGCCAAAAAGGCCAUUGGGAAGACUGGCAAGAGUCCUAGUGAGAAUAGGAGGAGUUCGUCUUCCUCCAUGGUGACCAUUGCUGGUGGUAGUUCACCCUCUCCAGGAGCAAAGUGCUCCAAUAAAUAUUCCCGGAACUCAUCAACGGGUUCACCAAAAUCCUCCUUGACAAAGAGUCUAUCUGUUCCUUCUCCAUCAGUUCCUAACAGUGAACAACCUCCUCCUACUAACCUGCUAGUUUCAAGAAAAGGCACAGCAUUUUCAAGUUCUUCUCCACGGAGUUCACCGUCUAGCAUGCGCAAGAGUAAAGGGCCAUCAACAGCAAAAGGCAGUCAAACUUCAAUUACACCAACAUUGUCAAAAGCAUGUGUGGCCAAAUCUAAAGAUUUAGUUGCAACAAAAAGCACCAAGCAACAAAAAAAGUCACAGGAGUAUGCACUAGAAUAUUCAAAGGUGAAGAAAAGAGCAAGCUAGUGUGUACACAUUUGUGUCUUUGUGUGUGUGAAUCUGAUGAUGUAAUUAAUUGUUCAAGCUGGGACUUCAUUUAUAAUGUUUUAUACUAACUAAUUAUCCACAUUUUUAUUAUUAUUAUUGUUCUAGA